GUACAGACUGGUAUAGGGAAUGCUAGAGUUUUAUAAGGUAUGUAAAACUUGCAAUAACGUAUUCGCUUUACUACUGUUUGUGCAAGACCACGGUCGUAUAAAUAUUUAACCAGCAUGAGCGACCAAGACAAGGAAAACGAAGUUAAGCCUCAGGACGAAGUAGAGGAGCCGAAAAAUGAUUCCCAAGAAUCAGUUAAUGAUGUUUAUGAAGUUCCUAUUAGGACCGGCUUAGAUAACGUUUCUUUGGAAAUAGAAGAUGCAUCAAAAACCAUUGACCCGAAACCAGUGCAGUUUGAAAAAGUUCCGACCAAUCAGAAACCUGAACAGCCAAGCCAAUCAGAAAUUGUAAAACAGAAUCCCAUUGUCAAGACCCGUCCUCCGCCUCCCGAGCCUUAUGCUAGCUUGCCUAAGCGUAAACCAGGCGGAACAAUGACGUCCCCACCGACCUACGUCAGCAACGAGCCGACAUUUUCGUACAGCCGCAGAACAUUCAUGAAUUUUGUGAAAUCAUUUGAAGGGGUUUUGUUCAUUGUCGAGGUGAUUGCUUCCCUCUUAUCCUGGGUGUUGUUAACAGUCUGGACCAGGGCAGGACCAGAUUACAGGUUCCCUGUCCUCUUGGCUUCCCGAUGUUUGCUUUCGUGGCUUCGUGGGCACUAACUACAAUCCUAUUUGUUAUUCUGUUCUGUGGCUUGGACGGUAAAGUUCAAUGGAUGAAAGUAUUCAGGCAACCGGUGUUUGGGAUUCCAUACAACGUAGUCGUCAGCUUGUUCUUUUUAGUGGCAGGAUCGAUUACUGCUUCUUUCGCCGUGAGCGACAUGACACAAGUUCUCGGGGCGGCCACUGUGUUUUCAUUUCUCUGUUUUCUUAUUCACACGUUGCAUUGGUUUGUUUACUUUAGAAGACAAUUCGGUAAAUGUCCGUGGACCUUUCUUAAAGGAUGCAACGCGGAUUGCAGCCGUGGGAGAAAUGUGACUGAAUGAUGUUAUUGGAGAUGGUGUAUGCACAAACUUGUUCGUUUUACAUUUACAACGUUGUACAAAUGUGGCCUACGUACAUCUCAGCUUGGGUCUCAUAUAUUGGUUAUCAAUAUCCGCGCUCUAUAACACAGUUUUAUUGCAUGUUUUAUGUGGUAUGCAGAUGCUUUUAUACUAAUUUGAAAUUAUAAUUGAUUUGUUAACGAUUUUUAACUACCUAAUAAACCCCACACGGAAGAAA